AGCCAGACAGCCAAACUUCUAAAUAUAGAUCCACAGUGUCUAUCUAGUGUCCAGGGUUGUUUUCUCUGUCACUUUUUUCCCCCCAGAGCAUGGCUAUAAGAGGGUGUGUCAGCAGUGGUGCUUCGCAGUUCACUAACAGCAGAUGCAGCAGCAAACCAGAGACAAUGGUCAGACACUUGUUGUUGAACCUUCUGCUUCUCUUUUCACACAACUGUGACAUUUUUAUCGAUGCUGUGAAGAUUGAAGAUCUAGAGGAGCAGACCUGGAACAAUCACAGCCUCCAUUCUGUCCCUCAGGAUUUAGAUACAAGGCUUAAAAGACUAGACCUGUCCAAUAACUUCAUCAGACAGUUACAAACACUUGCUUUGCCAUACUUGGAGCAGCUGGAUCUCAGUUCUAACCAGCUGGAUCUUAUCUCCAAAGGAGCUUUUGAAAAUCUGGCUCAGCUCGAGCAGUUGAAUUUGUCCAGAAAUGCACUGAACAACAACCUUGGCAGCAACAGCAAAGCUCUCCAAUCCAUUGGUACACUGAGGAGAUUGGACCUAUCCCUGAAUGGCCUGAGUGAUUACUCAGCGAGGCUCUUCCUUCGCAACAAAACUUCCCUUGAUGAACUUAAGAUGACUGGUAAUUCUUUAAUAAGACUUUCACGCAGGAUGUUCCAAGAGAGUAAUGCUCUGAGGGCCGUUACUUUGGAUGACAAUUUGAUAUCAGUAAUAGAACAGGGGACAUUUGAACCACUGUGGCAAUUAGAGAUACUAAACUUGGCCCAAAAUAACCUUGCUCAUAUCUGUGAUUUUACAUUAAUUCAACUGAAACACCUGAACCUAAGCCACAAUUCAAUAGAGUUUUUUAUGUCACGUGAAAAUGACCACAUGUAUGAGCUUGAGGUUCUUGAUUUGAGUUUUAACAAACUUUUGUAUUUCCCAAUUGUUCCAAAAAUGAACCAGUUGAAGUUUCUUUACCUACAAAACAACAUGGUUGGGUCCUUGAACUCAGAGGCGUCAAUGGUAUCAGGAGCUAAUUCUGUGUACAGUGACAUUAUGAGUGAGAAAAUAAUUAGCAAAAACAACUUGCAUGCAAACUGGAGGCUCAUGCCACUGCUUUACAUCGAUUUGAGCUAUAACCACUUCACAUCUUUCCCGCUGGAGACUUUAAGCAGACUGUCUUUCUUAGAAACAUUGAAUUUCAGCUACAACUGUCUACAAAGUAUCACCUGGAAUGUCAGGAAUUACAGUAAUAUGGGAUACCAACGUCAGCUUUACUUUCCAUCCUUAAAACAACUCUACAUGAAAAGCAAUGGCCUUGUGAACAUUUCCCAUUUUUUCCUUAAAGCAUUAACCAAAAUAGAAACAUUAAACCUAGAGGACAAUUCUGUGCAGCCUUGUGCAUUCAAGGGCCAUUUGAGCUCAGAGCCAACACAGCAAAUGCUUUUCAAUAAACACUGUGUAGCCUUUCAGCAACUUAGUACACUUAAACACCUCAUCCUGAGGAAAAACAACAUAAGAAUACUUCAUGCUAAUGCAUUUCAGCAAACGUCUUUGCAUUCUCUUGAUCUUGCAGGAAAUAUUGAUAUGGCGAUGCAUUUAGGUGCACUAGAGGGCGUGCAGGAAACUCUUGAGUCCUUGAUUAUAAGUGAAAAUAACAUGACCAGCUGUGAUCUGUCUUUGCCCUGUUUGCCAGCCUUGAGUCAGCUAAACCUGUCAAACAACCACAUUGACAACAUACCCAGCAGUUUGAGCUGCUCUCCGCUGAUGGAAAUAGACAUUAGAAACAAUGCCUUUGUAUCUUUAAAGAUGCGUGUUAUCGCAUCAAACCUUCAGAUCAUGUACUUCAAUGGAAAUUACUUCAACUGCUGUGACAGGGAGUGGUUUAAAACUUUAAAAGAGUUUAAAAUUCAGUUACCUGACAUCAAUGAUACAACAUGUUUUUUUGGUCACAGAAAAGUCUUCAUGGCUGAGUAUAUGAAUAGCUCUUCAUCAUACUGUCACUUUCAGAACAAACCCCAGGGUGUUGGCUUUGGAUACGUGUUGAUUGUGGUUUUAUUUGUUUUUGUAAUGAUUACAGUGUUUGCUGUAUUUACCCGGAAACUGUGUUACGCACAAGUAUCGCUAAUAGUGUGAUCACUGGCGUAUUUUGUGCAGUGUAAAAGGCACUGCGUAGGAGAGAACAGAGAACAAACUGCAGCAACUGAAGCGUGAUUCCUGUGAGUUUCACUCUGCAUGACGCAUUUACACAUGUGCGGUUUAAUGGCAGCUAGGUUAUAAAAACAAACAGACUUUUGAUUAAGUAAAGUAGUAACGGUUCCAUAAUGAGACACAUGCAUUUAUUCUCACACUAUCCAAGUGCUCCUCUGUGACUCCGCUCCCCAUUACUAGUCUGUCAGACAUGAAUCCCCCCGUGUCAAGAUGUUGUGAUUGAAUUUGGCUUUAUCAACUCCCAAGCUUUUCGGUUGCAGUGCCGCCAAAUCACUUACGUUCUGCCCAUCCUCCAUUGUGAAAUGUUUGUUUGCAGCUAAGAGUCUAACCUCAGCUCAAAUUUCUAUGACGUCUGUAAAGUCUUGCACAAUGUUUCCAGAAUCAAGACUGACCACCUCAAAAUGUCAAUAAAGUGUCAAGUAGAAAGCCUGUAGGAGUUUCUGUGUAAACACACGUAAAGAUUCUUGAAUAAAGUUAUUUAUUUGACAGUGUGGAUACACAAGAGCUAACUUCAAUGUAUCGCGGUAUAUGCGACCAUGCUGUGCCCUGUAAUCUGUUAGGUUUUUGUGGCUGACUGGGGAAGAUGUAACCAAAGCCAGUGGUAAAUGUGGUACCAUGAAUAAUAUAACAAACAUCAUAGUAACCAUACUGUAAACAGUCAUCAUGUGCAUAAUAACCAAAAAAAUCAGUGAUGUUUUAUAAAGGGGGAGUGGGUUCAUCUGUUUGUGGGAAAAUAAAUAUUACCUGUACAUGGCCUGCCAUACAAUUCUGUGAGAAGGACUGUAGUCAGAUCAAGUCUAUCCCAAAUUCACAUUAUUUUUCUCAAUGGACUUUAGUCUACCAUUUAGCAUCUCCUUAUUGCUACAUAAUAAGAAAUGCUAUUGGUUUUGCAUGAGGUUAUAAAUUGUAUUUAAUUUGUUCCCUGCUCCUGCAGUCGCACAACUUCCUGGUGAAAGCAUCUGAAAAGUCUCUGUACGUAUUUUAUUACGUAAGCGAAUGCAGAUUUUUGUUUUAAUUAUGCAUUGUUAAACAUUAAAUGAAGAUUUGUUCAAAAUGUA